AUGUGGAGAAACCCUUGUAUUGUUGAGAAGCGAGGUGGAGGUAGACACUAUAUUAAUGAAAAGCGAGGUGGAGAGAACUCCAGUAUUGGUAAGAAGCGAGGUGGAGAAAUCCCCUGUAUUGGUGAGAAGCGAGGUAGAGAAACCCCAUGUAUUGGUGAGAGGCAUGAUGGAGAGACCUCCUGUAUUGGCGAGAAUCGAGGUAGAGGGGUACCCAGUUUAUUGGUGAGAGGCGAGGUGGAGAAAUCCCCUGUAUUCGUGAGAGGCGAGGUGAAGAAAUCCCCUGUAUUGGUGAAAAGCGAGGAGGAGAGGUCCCCUGUAUUGAGGCAAGGUGGAGAGACCCCCUGUAUUGGCGAGAAGCGAGGUGGAGAGACCUCCAGUAUUGGUGAGAGGCAAGGUGGAGAGACCCCCUGUAUUGGUGAGAGGCAAGGUGGAGAGAUCUCCUGUAUUGGUGUGAAGCAAGGUGGAAAAUACCCCUGUAUUGGUGAGAGGCGAGGUGGAGAGACACCCUGUAUUGGUGAGAAGCGAGAUGGAGAGACCUCCUGUACUAGUGAGAAGCGAGGUGGAGGGAAACCUUGUAUUGGUGAAAAUCGAGAUGGAGAGACCUCCUGUAUUGGUGAGAAGCGAGAUGGAGAGACCUCCUGUACUGGUGAGAAGCGAGGUGGAGGGAAACCCUGUAUUGGUGAAAUGCGAGGUGGAGACAAAACCUGUAUUGAUGAGAAGCGAGAUGGAGAGACCUCCUGUAUUGGUGAGAAGUGA